AGAAAAAAAGAAGAAAGAAACUUGUUCCGCUGAGUUCAACCCCAGACAGGCUCACAACUUCCUUCCUGCUUUCCGACCCCCUCCCCUCGCUACUCUCUCUCUCCGCACAUUCAACAAACAUUCAAGAAACAGCCAAUGACAAGAGUGGUGCUGGAAAAGACGAGCACCAAACACAGCGACAGAUCGGUGAACAAAAUUAAGUUCUCGGUUCAGCCGUCAAAAUAAUUCACUCUCUUUUACAAUUAGACUCCGGAGAGAGAGGAGGGGAAGGAGGGGAAGUAAACCGACGCCUAACAAGCUUUGAUCUGGGUGUGGAAAUAAUUUCUGGAGCAUUUUUCAGUCUACGCGUCUUGAUGCUGGGAGAUGUGAACUGAAGGUGCAUCAGCUUCUGCUGAACAGUUGUUUAUGGAGCUGUGGGCCGGGGCCAGCAAAUCGCCUCUACGCUUCUACAGCUCCCUGGGCGAUGCUGCAGCCGCCGCCGCCGCCGUCUUCGCCCCCGGCCCUGAGAGGACGUGGGCUGCUCGGCAGAGGCUGACCUGGGAGGAGGUGGUGGAGGACGAAGCAGAGCCCGUUCCGCGGCAGCCGGACCCAUUACUAUGGCCGUGUCCUGCUAUACGCUCAACAGCCUAGUGAUCAUGAAGAGCGGCGAGGAAGAGGAGGAGAAGAGCGGCGGCGGCAGGAGUAAGACACCGCCUGUGACGCGCAGACAGGUGCUGCCUGGGCUGGUCCGGGGAAGCGAGAGGCACAGCAGCUACUGUCCGCUGCCCGGGCGCAGCACCAGCACCGCCGCUCCGGCUUUUCUCUUUCCAUCUGGAGAGCCGCCGCAGGCAGGAGAGGAGGCGCUCCCUCGCGGGUCCCCACGGCGCCUCAGCAGCCCCAGCUGGGCGAGCCCCCCGGGUCGGUCGCUUUCGCCCGGCUUGGAAGAGGCGCGCAGGACAGCGCGGAUCCUCCAGCGGGAGCUGCAGAACGUGCAAGUCACGCAGAAAGUGGGGCUCUUCGAGGCGCACAUCCAGGCGCAGAGUUCGGGCGCCACCCCUUUCCUCCUCAAGAGUCCGCGUUUGGUAAGGAGGAGAUCCCCUUCCCCCAGCCCAUCUCGGGCCACACAAAUGUUUGGAGACGCCCCGAUGACGGGGUCGAGGCAACAGCAGCAAGAGGAAAGGGAGCUGGAGGGGCCAGAGAGCCCUUUGCCCCGGCUAGAAAGUACCGGGAGGACGCCCGAGCAGGAGGCAGAGAAGGGCUCCGGGAUCUGUCUAGCACUGGGAUUGGAAAAGAGACAGACGAGCCGCUGCUCUUCGUGUGCUCUAGGCGCGAUGGAUAUGGAAAACGGGCCCCUCAGACCGCAACGCCCGGAGGAGAAGGAGAUGGGAGGCCGAAAAACUGGUGCGCAGGACUCAAGCCUGUUGGAGAGUGGGAGCAAAUCGCCUGGGGUGUGGGAUUCGGAUGAAAGAGAGAAAAGGGACCUUUUGCCAAAGGCGCACAGUUCCGACGUGAUGGACAGGGCGAAUGGGAUUUCCAGGUCGCAGGAGUCAGGGAAGAAGGAGAGGAGGCUGGGGUCUGGUGGGAGGCAGAACUUGAGGGUGAGAAGUGGGUCUCCAGAGGCCAAAGACUACAGAGAGAUGCAGCGUGCGAGGAAGUGUCAGGGGGCUCAGGCAUCAGGAAUGAUGGGCAACGGGAGGCAGCUAGGGGAAGGCUAUGCGCGACGUUCAGAGGGACCGGCCAAGGUGAGCGGGUCCUCCAAGGAUCCAGAUUUCUUAGAAGACGUGCAGGGGAGGAGCAGCUUUCGUAGAGGGCAGGGCUCAGACGCAAUAGAGAAGCCCCUUGGAGAGCCGCUCCCGGCAGGAGACCCGCCUUGUCUUGCCAAGACUGACGGCAAGGAGGGUAAAAGCAGCAGCAGCUGCCUGCUAGCUUUGGCGUGCUCUGGGAGGAAGCAGCCGUCGGCACCCAAGCCUUCUUCGGACCUUAUGGCUGAAGCUGAUGGAGCUGGGCUGCAAGAACAGCAUCCCGGGGAACAGCAUCCCGGGGAACAGCAGCCUCCGGCGACGUCUGCAGCCCCAGAACAGCAGGAGCAGGGGAAGUCCCUGGUGGAAGGGGAGAGCUGCUGCUGUGGAGGAGGAAGCAGCAUCCCUGCUGUCAUAGUGACUGACCUGGGCGCUCAGGAGGAGGAAGAGGCAGGAGGAAACCCCCGAAAGAACAUGCCAGUCAGGAAGCUGUCUUCCUCCUCGGCUUCUUCCACCGGCUUUUCUUCAUCCUGGGAAGAGUCUGAGGAGGACAUCUCCAGCGAUCCUGAGCGAUCCUUGGACCAGAGUCCAGCCUUCCUGCAGACCCUGGAUAAACCAAGAGUGAGCAAGUCAUGGCGGAAGAUCAAGAACAUGGUGCACUGGUCCCCUUUUGUUAUGUCCUUCAAGAAGAAGUACCCUUGGAUCCAGCUAGCAGGGCAUGCAGGUAGCUUCAAAGCUGCAGCGAAUGGGAGAAUAUUGAAAAAGCACUGUGAGUCUGAACAGCGCUGCUUGGACCACUUGAUGAAUGAUGUCCUUAAGCCUUAUGUUCCCACCUACCAUGGGGACAUAGUGAAAGAUGGAGAACGUUACAAUCAGAUGGAAGAUCUACUGGCUGAAUUUGACUCUCCCUGUGUUAUGGACUGCAAGAUGGGAGUCAGAACCUACUUGGAGGAAGAACUCAUAAAAGCCAGAAGGAAACCAAGUCUACGGAAGGACAUGUAUCAGAAGAUGAUUGAAGUAGAUCCUGAGGCUCCAACUGAGGAGGAAAAUGCUCAGCGUGCAGUAACCAAGCCCCGAUACAUGCAAUGGAGGGAAACGAUAAGUUCUACAGCAACUCUAGGGUUCCGGAUUGAAGGAAUAAAGAAGGAAGAUGGCACUGUGAAUAGGGAUUUCAAGAAGACCAGGACAAAGGAACAAGUUAUGGAGGCCUUCAGAGAAUUUACUAAAGGAAACCAUAACAUUCUGAACAGUUACCUUAACCGGCUGAAGGGAAUCCAUGAUACCUUGGAAAUCUCACCAUUCUUCAAGUGCCACGAGGUGAUUGGGAGUUCCCUCCUCUUCAUCCAUGACAAAAGAGAACAGGCCAAAGUCUGGAUGAUUGAUUUUGGGAAAACCACACCGCUUCCAGAGGGACAAGUCCUCCAGCACAAUGUGCCCUGGAUAGAAGGGAACCGAGAGGAUGGCUACCUCUGGGGGCUGGAUAACCUCAUUGAGAUCCUAACUGAGUUGUCUCAGAGUGAAGACCUGCAUUAAAGCCUCAUGUCCACCUCUGCCACUAUCCCAGAACUCAGCCUCUCAAACUGACUUUCUGAACUGCACUACAAGACACUUUCUGCCCUCCCUCUCCUGUCCAGUUCUGAAAUUUAGAUCCUCCUUUUAUUUAAGAUGUAAAUAUGCAGUUAUGUGCCAGAACAAAUACAGAACAUGAAGCUUAAUUUGGGCAAUGGAAGCAGAUAGCAAUUUUGGCUUUUUAGGCUUUAGAGGUUAGGGAGCGCAUUUCAUUAGUGUUUCUGGUUCUUAUGCCAUCCAUGUUUAACCAGUAAAAAUGUAUACAGUACCCAUACACCUCAGCUGAAUGAAGACAGUGCCCUAGUCUUGCUUAAAUUAGAACUAGCCAAUAGUUCCAGAGUGAAGGAUGGCUUCAUUUGUAGUUAUCUGCUGCCCUCUUGUGUCCAAAGUUGGUAUAUUAUUUGGGCCACUAAUGUUCAACAGAUGUACACAGGGCAUUUUGUGGAGAUUAUACAUGCUCUUUCCUCCUGGGAAGCUCCCACACAAAAUAAGACUUUGGAAUCCAGAACUUAAUGAGAAAGUCUCUGGAGAAAGAUAACUGGUAUUCUUGAACAGCAGCAAUUUAAUAUUUACUAACCUCACUGUAGUUAUCUGGAUAUAAGAGCUUAGAGGAAUAACUUAAUUGCGGGUGUACCAUUCCAUAUAUUCAAGCAAUUUCUUGUCAGCUUAUAACCACUGUGCAAUCACCGAGUGGCUGUAUGGAUUGCAGAGCUCUGCUUCUGUGGAUUGCAUUUCAUGGUGCAUCCCUUUAUCUGCUGAGGUUGGGUUUGGACUGCUGGGGGAAAUGUUCUAAUUCCUUGCUCGAAAUUAGGGGUUGAUGAACCUGUGACCUUCCAGAAAUUCCUGGACUGCAACCCCCUUUAUCCCUGAGCAUUGGCUGUUCUGGCUGGGGCUGAUGGGAGUUGGAGUCCAACAACAUCUGGACUUCAAAGGUUCCCCACUCUUGCCUAGACUUUAGUUGUCUUGGAGGGAGCUAGCAGCAUACCAGAUGGGAAUGGGAAGGGCUGUAGCAGCCGUUGUUCAGGUUUCUCUGUGUUAGCACUGCAGGCCAUUUUAAAUCAGCAAGCAAUUUCUCAGGUGUGCUCUCACAAAACAUUCCAGUUCUCACAUCUCAAAGAGUGGCAUUAACUAGGCUAAAGAAAGAGUUUUGGCAAGCAGAAUUUUAGAAUGGUGAGCUACAUAACUUUCAUCCAUCUGCAAGAAAUGUGGAAACGAAAGGGGAUCUAAUCUAAUUUGGUUGAACAUGACUGAUUAAGGCAUCAGUCCCCAAAAUCUGACUCUCUAAUGUCUGGAUUGUUUUCCAAGUGGGCAGUAUCUAAAGUUUUGCCACUUUCAGUCUUCAUCUACUUCUCUAUUUUACGGUGGGGACUUAUUUUAUAACUUCCUGGAACAUUUGAACUAGGCAGGCUGCUUGCAUCAGGACCAGUUUGCUUAGAAGGUCAGCAAUUGAUAGAACUGUAGGGAGGAGAAAACUAUUAGUGUAUUUGAUUUUUCUCUAGGAAUUAAUGAGUGCUGCAGAAACCUUGGAAAGGGGGACUGUGUGGAGUUGAGGUCACAGAUCCUCUGGAGCUGUUUCCUAGCUGGCUUCAAUACUGACAAAUCCUUAAACUUUUCCAUGUUCAUGAUGCAUCACAGAUUCCUCUAAAGCCCAUUGCUACUACUCUUCCCAAUAGUACUGCUGUAACUGUGCUUGCCCUUGCAAUGGGCUGGCUGCAGUUUCUUUUCUUUGGUAGGUUCUAGCCUUGCAACAAGUGUAUGUGUUUAGGAGGGUGGGAAGAUGCCCCUUGGCCCCUGGCCAGCAUACAGCCCCUGUGCAAACCUUUCACAAGGACUCAAACGCCUUUGGGGAGAUCCUUCAUAUCUCACUAGGCACAUGUCUGUCAUUCUUCACUGCUGUUGUAAAUAGUUGCUCUGCUCAGCUGCUUUUCCCCUUCAGGCUUCCUUUGCUGUUGAAUAAUAGCCUACGUGGAAGUGCCUUAUGGACUAGUUUCUGUUCCAUUAGUGUCAUGGAAAAGUGUUUUGGUUGGUUUUUUAAGUUAUAUUUAUUGCAAUUCCUUUUUUUAGUUGCCUAGAACACUAAGUCUUAAUGCAUGGUAUCUUUUAAAUAAUAAUGUUUAAACCAUAUUUUUCCACAUUUGUGGAGGGGGGGAGUCCUUGAAGCAGCAUACGUUUAUACCAUUUUUAAACUUGUAUUUAGCUUUUAAAUUGCUUCUAUUGUAUACAUUUUUAUUUUUUUAAGCCUGUUUGUUUGUAAAACAAGAUCCCUUGCUUUGUGGCUUUAAAAGAAGUGAAUUACUUCUCCAGAUGUCUGUGAAGGCCUUUCUGGAGACUGGAACUCUUGCUGUGAGGUAGUUCUUCCUACACACAUUUCUCCUUGAUUAGCCAUGACACAAAGAACUUGCAGAGUUAUAAAACACCACCUAUGCACAGUUGCCUGUAAGUCAAAUAGCUCAAAAUAAAGGCAUACAAAUGAAUGGUUGGUUUUUGUGAGGCCUAGCCAUUGUCCGUUCUCAUUCCUUCAGCCGAAGGCUACCUGGGAGCCAGAUUUAAAUGAAACUGGUGUUUAGCAGGAGAUCGGAACCUUAAAGCUUCCUCGAGAAACCAGGACUACAAUUUCGGCAAUACAAGACAACCAAACCUAUAACCUCUAAGAGAGGGGUGGGGAAGCUUCUUCAGCCAGAGGGCCACUUCUCCUUGUAGACAACCUUCUUGGGGGGCAUGGGUACAUUCCAGUGGUGGGAAGGGCUAGAUCCAAAAGUGAGCAUGGCAAUAGAUGUGACUUUUACCUUUGAGCAUAGGCUACAUUUCAGCUGUGCAAAGAGUCAGAGGGUUCUGCACAAAAACAUUCACCUCUCCAUCUUCCGUCCAGGCAACCAAUAAGCAUUAUAAUAGCUCAAGGACCCAUUCCACCCAGGCAAAAGCACUCCAGGAGCAGGUGGAGCAGGGCUAGUGAAUGAUAUAACCUGGGAAGGACCAUGGCCGGUGGAGAGACCCAAGGCCCAAAUAGGAAGAGAGGCUUGGAGGACCAUCUCAGGUCCCCAAGCCUGAAGUUCCUCACCCCUGCUCUAAGAUGUUGUAAGUCCAACAUCUUGACACAGACAAGCCAUCUUUUAUCCAAUUCAACACUAAAUACAAAACUUAAUAUGUUUAGGUUUUAAUAAUAUUUAAAUAAUAACACAUCUUGAUUUGGAGUAAUUUCUGAUGCAGCAAUACAUUAUGGAGGAGGAGGCCGCUAAAGAGCAAUUGAUUUGCACUUUGUGCUUCCUGUAUCUCUAAUUCUAAAAGGACUAGAGACUUACUUUUUUUAAAAAAGAAAAAGCUGGAAAUCCAAACCACCUAAUGGGCUAAGUGAGCACUGGACAGCAUGGCUAGAAUCAGGUAAAACCCAGCUAAACAGAUAAUAUGACAACCCUAUUUGUCUGUGUUGUGUUUUUUAACACACAUAAAGCCUACAUUGCAAACUAUCCUCACUGGAAUAAAUAUUGUGCCAGAAUCCACAUGGGACUUAUACAUGGGACAGUUUCUGCCUUUUUGUUCCGGGACUGAAACGGCAGCAGUUGCUCUUCCCCAAUUGUUUCUGUGCCUCUCUUGUUUCUGUGGCCUGGGCCUGAACCAGAAGAUCUAAACAGGAGGCAGGUGUGUCUGCUAAUGCUCCUGCAGCCAUGCACGCUCCUGUAACACAAUGCAAUACUAGAGUAUCAGAGGCCACAUUUGGUUCCUCCAUCGCAAGUGGGGAAGUACCUUGUGAAUGCGUCUGAUCACCACAUCAGAAUGAGAGGGGAGGCGGUGCAGCU